AUGCAUAUCAGAGAGCAUCGUUCAUUUUCACUUAGAACUACAUCAAUACACAUACGUGAUGAAGAUCCCAAAGACGUUGUUAAAAGCAGCAUCUGUGGAGUUAUGAUGGGAGUGUUAUUUAUGAUAAUAUUUGCAAUAAUAGGCAUAGUGGGGAUCUUCACAAACAUAGAAAAAGAGACAGAGUAUAUAUGGAUGUUAGUAGUAUUGUCUAUUACUUAUAUACUAUUUAUUCCUUACUUUAUUCUAAUUUUGAAAGACUUAAAGAGAAUAUCAGCUGAAUUGGAGAAACAUCAAGAUGAAUCCAUAGUUUUGAAUCCUUUUGCAUUUGCUUCAGGCAUGAAUACAAUUAAUGCAAUCACAAGCACUGAAAAAUAUAACCCGUUUAGACUGUUAAAUAUUUAGUUCUCAAUAAUAUCUCUUAUAUUAAGUGCAUACUUAAUAAAUUCAAAGAUUGUAAUAGGAUCCUUAUUAGCUAUUGUUAAUUAUAUAGUUGCAGCAACUAUAUUAAUAUAUGCUUGUAGAAAGUGUUGGUUGGGUUGUUGUAAUAUUAGAGUAGUCACAAAAAAACCUAAACGAUAUAAUUAUUAGCGCUAUCCUUGUAAUCAAUUUUAUUCUAACUUUUAGCUCCAAUAUAAGUAUAGAAGACAGCAUUUCUCUUUGGAAUAUUACUACUAACAUAUUAUGUAUUUAAAGGAAUUCUAUAUAUUAUAUUUUUAUUCAUACAGUAAGAGGAUUAUAAAUAUACAUAACUCACAAGUCUCUUUUAUUCAUUUAUCAUUUGUACUUAAAUAGUAUAUGUUCUUUAUUUGAUCAAAAAAAUCAACAUAACAUUACAUUCUAAGAAGUAUUUCAAAUGCUAUAUGACAUUGUUUCAAUCAAUAUAUCUAUCAUAUACUACAUAGAAUUGUGUUUUAAAGGGACUUUACUUCUUUUCCCUCUUUUGUACUUAUAUAGCUUUUUUUCUUGAAAAACCAUACAAAACAAUUACCAAAGAUUCAUUAUUUGGAAUAUAGUAAUUUUGUUCUUAUGAACAUUUUAUAUAUCUAUUUACCAUCAUGUAACUAAUUUACUUUUUCCUUUUUCGAAGUUAUUGUGUCAAUAAGGAAGAAGAAUAGAUUUAAAUAUUUGAUUUUAAUUUAGCUUAACCUUAAGAAUAGAGAUUAUAAUGGGUUUAAAAUUAUUAAGACUUUCCAAUAUACAAAUAAAAAACAUCAACAAAUAUCUAUUAAAUAUAUGAUUUGGAAGCUCUAUAAGAAAUAUAUGACAAUAUAGUAUUUCAGAAUUCUUAGUUAGAAUUAAAAGUCAAACCAAGAAGUGGACAAUUGAUUUCAUUAAUAUAGUGGAUAGAAGAUAAGAAAUUUUAAUUUCAAUUAGAAGGAAAAAAGGUAGAUGAAGAUUAUUUUAAUAAUCUUAAAUAAUUUAUAGAAUAGAAUGUUGGUCAGAGAUAAGAUAAUUUAGAAAAAUAAAUAUAAAUUUAAGAUCGAAUGGAAUGUGCCAUAUGUUUGUAAAAUCUUGAUUAAAAGGAAAAUAUUACUUAACUUGAGUGUCAUUUCACCCAUAGAUUCCAUACUGAAUGUAUAGAGAGAUGGAUUCAUGCAGUUCAUAAAUGUCCAUUAUGCAAUUAGCCAACUUGA